UCUUCGUCAUUAAGAGUAGAGUUGUUUUCACGUGUGGUUGUGUCUCCUUUUUCCUAAAAAAAAUAGGUCACACAACCCACCUCCAUUCGUGAAUUAACUCUUCUAUAUUAAAAAAACAUAAAAUACAAAAAAAACAAAAAAUCCACUACUAAAAAAACCCUCAUCCUCAUCCCCCACCCCAAAAAAAUCUAUAAAAAAUCUUUAAAAAUAAAAAACAAAAAAAUCGUAAAACCGUAGUGUGAAAAUCGCGAAACUUGUGAAGAUAUUAAAAAAAGAUAUAAACACCUUGAUAUAUCAAGUUGUGUGAAGAAGGGAAAAAUAGAGAUUUGAAAAUAAUAAAAAAAAGAAGAAGCCAAUAAAGGUGUUAACAAGAAGAAGAAGGAAACGGAAAUAAAACAACGUGUGUGUGACAAUUAUUUGCGUUUUAUUAUAAGAAAAAGAAAAUCUAAAAAUAUCUAAAAAUAUAUAAAAUUUGCAAAAGGAAGGAAAUUAAAUUUAUUAAAAUCAAGAAGAUUAACCAAGGCCAAGAAAAGUCGCUAAUAAAAUAGACACCUAAUAAAUAUCCUUGUUGGUUUUGAUACAGCAUAUAGAAGAAGGUGAAAAAAUCAUUGAUACCAGCUGCUGAUAGAAGGAAGAAAAGAAACGUCUGGAGAGAAUUUGCAUGGGGAAAAAUCACACGGGCAAAUAACAAGCCAUAUUGAAGGCGAGAAGUAUCGUACGAUCGUGAUAAGUAGGAAAGUGAACAGAAAUGAAUCCAGGAGCGCCUAAUUAUCCGAUGGCAUCGCUGUACGUCGGUGAUCUGCACUCGGAUAUAACCGAAGCAAUGCUGUUUGAAAAAUUUUCAUCGGCAGGCCCAGUGCUGUCGAUACGCGUGUGCAGAGAUAUGAUCACUCGCCGCUCCCUUGGCUACGCAUACGUUAACUUCCAGCAGCCAGCCGACGGUCAGUAUUUCGCGGAACGAGCUUUAGACACAAUGAACUUCGAUAUGAUAAAGGGAAGGCCGAUCCGUAUAAUGUGGUCACAGCGCGAUCCGUCGUUGAGAAAAUCUGGAGUGGGCAACGUGUUCAUUAAAAACUUGGAUAAGAACAUUGACAACAAAGCGAUGUACGACACAUUUUCUGCCUUCGGUAAUAUUUUGAGUUGUAAGGUCGCGCAGGACGAAACAGGUGCAUCCAAAGGAUAUGGAUUCGUCCAUUUUGAAACCGAAGAAGCAGCGAACAAAUCGAUCGAUAAAGUUAAUGGCAUGUUGCUCAACGGAAAAAAAGUUUACGUCGGCAAAUUCAUCCCAAGAAAAGAGCGUGAAAAGGAAUUGGGAGAAAAAGCAAAAUUGUUCACGAACGUCUAUGUCAAAAAUUUUGGAGAGGAUAUGAACGACGAGAAGCUUCGUGAGAUGUUCGAAAAGUAUGGACCGAUAAACAGCCACAAGGUGAUGAGUAAAGAUGACGGGAAGUCGCGAGGCUUCGGCUUCGUUGCUUUUGAGGACCCUGAAGCAGCUGAGACGGCCGUCACCGAGCUAAAUGGCAAGGAGAUACUUGAGGGCAAAUGUCUGUACGUUGGCAGAGCGCAGAAAAAGGCGGAGCGCCAGCAGGAGCUGAAGCGCAAGUUUGAACAGCUUAAAAUUGAACGACUCAAUCGCUACCAGGGGGUCAAUUUAUAUGUGAAAAACCUCGAUGACACCAUCGACGACGAACGCCUCCGCAAAGAAUUCACCCCCUUCGGAACUAUCACUUCUGCCAAAGUUAUGAUGGAGGAGGGACGCAGCAAGGGAUUCGGAUUUGUCUGUUUCUCUUCUCCAGAGGAAGCGACCAAAGCUGUCACUGAAAUGAAUGGUCGCAUCGUCGGUACAAAGCCACUCUAUGUGGCAUUGGCGCAGCGUAAGGAAGACCGUAAGGCACAUUUGGCUUCGCAGUACAUGCAGCGCAUGGCAAAUAUGCGGAUGCAACAGAUGGGCCAGAUCUUCCAGCCCGGCGCAGCCGGCAGCUACUUUGUUCCCACGAUCCCUCAGCCCCAGAGAUUCUACGGCCCUGCUCAGAUGGCCCAAAUACGUGCCACUCCUCGAUGGCCUGCUCAGCCGAAUCAAGUUCGACCCAAUGCCCAAACCGGAAACUCUGGAUUUGCUACUAUGCAGGGUCCAUUCCGUGCAGCACCUAGGGCACCGACUGCUCCCACUGGCGGUAUGCGCAAUGCUCUUUCCGCUAGACCAAUUACCGGGCAACAAGCUGUCGGCGGAGCCAAUAUGCAGGGUCGCACUAUGGCUGGACCAGCAGUGGGAGUUUCACCUCAGGGUCGCCCUUCGAACUACAAGUACACGGCUAACAUGCGAAACCCUCCACAAGCGAUGGCAAUACCAGCACCAGCUCCGGUUCAGCAAGCGGUCCACAUCCAGGGUCAAGAGCCUCUGACUGCGACGAUGUUGGCAGCAGCUCCACCUCAAGAACAGAAACAGAUGCUGGGAGAACGGCUUUUCCCGUUGAUCCAAAGAAUGUAUGCCGAUCUUGCCGGCAAGAUAACCGGAAUGCUUUUGGAAAUUGACAAUUCAGAGCUGCUUCACAUGCUCGAGCACAACGAGUCGCUCAAGGCGAAAGUCGAGGAGGCGGUCGCGGUGCUUCAGGCUCACCAGGCGAAACAGGCAGUUGCCACCAAGAAGGAGUAGAGCUGAUUUUCUUGGUCGCAAAAACUUUGACGGAGGAGAAAUGCGAGAUUUCUUGUAUUUUUUAUUUUUCGUCGCUAUCUUAUCUUUGACGUCGUCGGUUUUUGUCGUUAAUAUUAAAAUACGAUAACGGGGUGGUUAAAUCUCUGUUUUAUAUUACGGAUACGUGACGACGACGCCUUCGAAAGGGCGCAAAAAUAAUAAAUGAAAAUAGAAAUCGAACAUCAUUUAAAGAAAAAAAAUACCCCGUCAUUUUUUUCUACUGUUCGUAGAAAAAAUAAUAAUAAUCUCUUGCUAUUAUAUUCAAUAUUUUUGCCUUGGUCAUUUUGGCUUGUUAAUUCCUUAUAUAUGUACUUUUUUCUGUUUUUUUUUCCUUCAUAUUUUUGUAACAUUACCGAUAUUUCUAUAAUUCCUAUGAUUCACAAUUCAAUACGAUUCACAAUUAUUACAAUUAUUAUUAUUAAUAUGAUUAUUAUUGCUAUUACUAUUAUUACUAUUCUUUUUUUUCCUUAGAACAACAAAAACAAUAAUGAUAACGCGACGUCGACGAGUAUCGUUUUUAUUAACUACUGUUGUCAACAGUUUAUUAUCCCCGAGGUAGAUUUUCAACUGCACUGAAACUAUUCGUUCUAUUUGUACAUGAUUUGUUCUUUUUGUUCCACGCUUGUUUUUUGUUUGGUCAUUUUUUCUCUUUGGUCGAUCUGAGUAUAUUAGAAAAUUAUAUCGUCUGAACAACGAAAUAGACGAUAUUUCUGCAACUCAUUGUUUUUAAUUUCCCUCAUUUUGAAAAUGAAAAAUAUGCCUUAUCUUUUCCUAUAAAAUUUUCAGAGUUUUCUCGUCCGAUUGUUGUCUCCAUUGGCAACUGUUUCAACUUGUUUCAGUCUAGUUUGUUUUUCGGAUUUUUUUUCUCUUCUCUGUCUUUCUUUUCUGAUACAUGCAAUAUACCUAAUAUGAUUUUAACUUGAUAGAUAUGCAAAGAAAAGAUGCGAAAAAUCGUAAAAGAAUCUGUGUAAAAUAAUUAUACGUGAAUACGUAUUAUCAAGUACAGAGAGAGACAGAGGAAAGAAAAGUGAAGAAAAGAUGGAAACGCGGUACGAAAAACUCAUCGAAAAACGAGAAAAACUGGUUUAAAAACAAAAAAAAAAAAACGAAAAUACGGUGAGAGACGAUUAUUAUUAACGAAAACUGUUAUUGAAAAUUUCGUUAAUAAUAGUCUCUCUUAGUAUUUCUUUUUCUUGCUUUUAAACUAUUUUAUCUUUUUUUUUUUUUUUGUUCAUUCCAUGUUCAACACGACAGCAAAAAUUGAAGAUAAUGUGAAAACGAGAAAAAGAGAAAAAAAAGAAAAACCUUUUUUUCUUACAAAGAGGAAACAAAAACAUACGCAACUUAUAGAAGAAACGGAAAGCGAGUAAAUGGAAAAAAAUAAAACUGAUAAAAACAAAAAAAAAUUGAAUAAUAAUGAAAAUUUCACCACUUGUGUGCAUGUGUGUGUGUGUGUAUACGCGUGUGUGCAAACGAAAGUUCCGUGCUCAAAACGAAGAGAAUCGUUCGAGAUCGCUUGUUUUAUUGUCUUGUUAGGGUUGCUUUUUCGCUUUCCUUGAACAUUUUUUUAUAAAACAAAAAAAAAAUAAAAAUGAAUGUACGCAUCAGAAAAGUAAUUCUCUUCGCAGUAUGUCAGUUAAAGAUCAAUGAGUGUGAAAGUGAGAAAGAGAGAAAUUAAUAUAGAGUCGAGAGUGCGACAAUGAGAAAGCGUAAAUGCGAGUGAAUAAGUAUGAAGAAAUGAGAUAGAGAAACAAAAAAAUGUAAAACGAAAAAGGAAAAAAAAGAUCAAGAAACAAACUUGUAACUAUUAUUAUUAUUAUCCUAAUAACACCACGUUAUUGUAACACUAUUAUUAUUAUUCUUAUUGAAGAUUAUGAUGAAUUGAAACAACAUCUCACGUUCAGCAUAACGUGUAACAUUAUAUUAUCGAGAAUAUUAACUAAAUGGAGGUUUCAAAUGUACAGGGUUUUUUUUAAUGUGUAAUAAUAAUAAUGCUUAAUUCGAUCAUUUAUUAUAAUUUUUUUUUUUGUUUUCCCCCAAACGCUUUGCCCAAUUCAUUUCUAAGAAUUUGUUGUACGAGGAUUGUUGCACAAUCAGUACGCAAGUAAAUAUGUAUGCUUAUGCGACAGCGAAGCAGUUUUACAUCAUUUUAAUUUCGUUGCUUGAUAAUUCGUGACAAGGAAGGAAAACACGCAAGUAAGAACAACAACAAUUAUUAUUAUUAUUAUCAUCAAUUGAAAAGUAAAAACCCUGUAUAUGCGUGAAUAAUAUUCUUGCGAUUCUAUCUAUGUUACGCUGUAGUAUUAUUAUUCUCUUAAUUACAGAAUAGCCAUUAUUUUUAUAAUUGAGUUAUCAACUUGUGGUUUUUUUUUUUUUUGUUUUGUUCUAUUUUCUUUGCUUUUUUAAAUCCCGUGCGCCAGCGAGAAGGAACGUUCGUUCCUUCUUGGUUCCAUCAUUUCUGUUUUUUUUUUUUUUUUUUUUUUAAAUUCGGUUCCGGUUGUGUUCUUUGGUUGUGGUCCAUAAAGAAACCAAAACCGAAGUACGAGUAUCCAAGAAAAAGAGGAAGAAGGUAACAAAAAAUUCGUAAAAGAUAAAUAAUGAGAAAAUGAGGUAUUUUUGUAGAUAAAAACGAGAAGAAAGAGGAAAAACAAAAACUCCGAGCAUAUUAUAGGAACAAAUAAAAUCGUUGCUUGGCAUCUUGGGUUCCGGUAUAAUUGUACAACCGCUGGUCGCACGGGUUACUUGAAAAUGAUGAUGAUGAUAUGAUGAUGAUGAUAAUGGUUGAAAUUUUUUUUUCUCCUUCUGCAGAAAUACUCUUCAUUUACGAAGAAAAGAAACCUUCAACCAUAAAAGUAAAAUGUCGUUCAUAAUUGUCAACGUUCGUCGAAAACGCGUUUGCUAUGUGUAUUCGAUUAUAGUUUCACUACCUUUUUGAAAUUUGUUACGAAAAUAAGAACUAAAAUAAAAAAAAGAAACUAAUUAAAUAUACGCGCUUGGCAAACGUGAUGAACGAUGUUUAAUAAGUAUAAAGAUGAAUUUGAUAAACAGGAGUAAAAAAAAAUUGAAAAAAAAAUUGAAAAAGAAGUUAACUAUAACAUUAUUAUAAUAAUAUAAAC